AUGCUGCCCCGAGGGCGCCCCCGGGCGCUGGGGGCCGCAGCACUGCUGUUGCUGCUGCUUCUGAUCGGUUUCUUCCUGUUCCGUGGGGACCUGGACUGUGAGCGCAGCGAGCGGGAGGCGAGUGGGGGCGGGGGUGACCCGGGAUCCUUACCCAGGUCGCUAACGCCACGUGUACCUCCAGACGAGCGGCCAGGGCCGCGGGGGACUGCUGCCUUCGACGGAGACCGGCCGGCGGGCCCCGGGGGCCACAACGGCUCGGAUUGCAUCCCGCCGCGGCCGCCGCCGCCGCCGCCCAAGUGCGAGCUCUUGCAGGUGGCUAUCGUGUGUGCGGGCCAUAACUCCAGCAGAGACGUCAUCACCCUGGUGAAGUCCAUGCUCUUCUACAGGAAAAAUCCACUGCACCUUCACUUGGUGACUGACGCCGUGGCCAGGAACAUCCUGGAGACGCUCUUUCACACGUGGAUGGUGCCUGCUGUCCGGAUCAGCUUCUACAACGCUGACGAGCUCAAGCCCCAGGUCUCCUGGAUACCCAACAAGCACUACUCUGGCCUCUAUGGGCUCAUGAAGCUAGUGCUGCCCAGCGCCCUGCCCCCUGACCUGGCCCGUGUCAUUGUCCUGGACACAGACGUCACCUUUGCCUCCAACAUUGCAGAGCUCUGGGCACUCUUUGCUCACUUUUCUGACAAACAAGUGAUUGGUCUCGUGGAGAACCAGAGCGACUGGUACCUCGGCAACCUUUGGAGGAACCACAGGCCCUGGCCUGCCUUGGGCCGGGGAUUUAACACAGGCGUGAUCCUCCUGCGGCUGGACCGGCUCCGGCAGGCUGGCUGGGAGCAGAUGUGGAAGCUGACAGCCACGCGGGAGCUCCUCACCCUGCCUGCCACCUCACUGGCUGACCAGGACAUCUUCAACGCCAUAAUCAAGGAGCACCCGUGGCUGGUGCAGCCCCUGCCCUGCGUCUGGAACGUGCAACUGUCAGACCACACACUGGCUGAGCGCUGCUACUCAGAGGCGUCUGACCUCAAGGUGAUCCACUGGAACUCACCAAAGAAGCUUCGUGUGAAGAACAAGCACGUGGAAUCCUUCCGCAACCUCUACCUGACCUUCCUGGAGUACGAUGGGAACCUGCUGCGGAGAGAGCUCUUUGGGUGCCCCCGCCCGCCCCCUCCUGGGGCCGAGCAGUUGCAGCGGGCCCUGGUGCAACUGGACGAGGAGGACGCAUGCUUUGAGUUCCGGCGGCAGCAGCUCACUGUGCACCGUGUGCACGUCACCUUCCUGCCCCACAAGCCACCGCCCCCCCAGCCCCACGAUGUCACCCUGGUGGCCCAGCUCUCCAUGGACCGGCUGCAGAUGCUGGAAGCCCUGUGCAGGCACUGGCCGGGCCCCAUGAGCCUGGCCUUGUACCUGACAGACGCAGAGGCCCAGCAGUUUCUGCGUUUCGUGGAGACCUCGGUGGUGCUCUCCGCCCGGCAGGAUGUGGCCUACCACGUGGUGUACCGUGAAGGUCCCCUCUACCCCAUCAACCAGCUUCGCAACGUGGCCUUGGCCCAGGCCCUCACGCCCUACGUCUUCCUCAGUGACAUCGACUUCCUGCCCGCCUACUCCCUCUACGGCUACCUCAGGGCCUCCAUCAAGCAGCUGGAGCUGGGCAGCGGGCGGAAGGCAGCUCUGGUGGUGCCCGCGUUUGAGACCCUGCACUACCGCUUCAGCUUCCCCCGUUCCAAGGCCGAGCUGCUGGCCUUGCUGGACGCUGGGUCUCUCCACACCUUCAGGUACCACGAGUGGCCCCGGGGUCACGCGCCCACAGACUACGCCCGCUGGCGAGAGGCCCAGGCCCCAUACCACGUGCAGUGGGCAGCCGACUACGAGCCCUAUGUGGUGGUGCCACGUGACUGCCCCAGCUACGACCCCCGCUUUGUGGGCUUCGGCUGGAACAAGGUGGCCCACGUCGUGGAGCUGGAUGCACAGGAAUACGAGCUGCUGGUGCUGCCCGAGGCCUUCGCCAUCCACCUGCCGCACGCCCCGAGCCUGGACAUCUCCAGCUUCCGCUCCAGCCCCACCUAUCGCGACUGCCUCCAGGCCCUCAAGGACGAGUUCCACCAGGAUCUGUCCCGCCGCUACGGGGCUGCUGCCCUCAAAUACCUCACUGCCCUGCGGCAGCCCCGAGGCCCCACCUGA